UAUUAUUUCGCAACAAACUGCUCGAUGCCCGAAUUUGCCAAUGCCUAGUCUCAUGUCUUUUAAGCAGUGUUGCUGUUAAGAGUCCAGGAUGAGCGUUAGUCUUAGGCAGCCACCUGGACCGUGAACAAUCUUAGUGGACCUAACCAAGCCUCACCACUCGACUAACACUUAUAACAGGUCCAGUUUCCUUCAACGACAGCUCGUCAUUUUACAAACCACAUCACUUGUGUUAUUAGAUAUUCAUUCUCGUCACCAUGGCCGGGUUCAUUGACCUCACAGCGGAUACUCCUCCGCCCCGCCGCCAAACCCGAAGCUCAACUCGGUCUCAAACAGCAAAGUGUCAACCUUCAACUUCAACAUCACCAUCAUCACCACCACAACUCCCCCCUUCCAACUUUUGUGCCCUCCCAUGGGCCCUCCGCAACCCGCCCUCCCUCAAUAACCCGCUUCAACGGAAACGCAACUGGCUGCGAAACUACUCCGUCACUCUGCCCGAGGACCUCCAGCGCCGCAACCUGGACGCCAACCCGGCCGUCGCAACGCUCGUCUUCGCCCAGGAAGAGGCCGGCACCGCAGUGUGCAUCUCCCCAGACGGCGUCAUUCUCACGUGCGCUCACUGCGUCGCCGAGACGGCCGCCGAGCUCGACCUGAGCGCGCUGCACACGCUACUAUUCGCCUCGGGCAGCGUCGUAUCCGCCCGGACAGUGGCCUGGGACCCGGUCCGCGAUCUCGCACUGCUCGUAGUCGCCGAGGCCGAAGACCAGCGACCUUUCCCCUUCAUGCGCUUGGCCUCAUCUGCACCGAAAAAGGGCGCCCGCCUACUCUGCAUCGGCCACCCGGGCUCCGAGGACCUGGAGGCCACAGUGCCGGGCCUGCAGACGGGCUACGACACGCUGGUGCUCAGCACAGGGACGUUCCGGGGCAUCGCGGCGGGCCAGGACCCGCAGGACAACCGCGAUAUUGGCGCGCUGGCGCAUACUUGUUGGACGUACUGGGGCCACAGCGGCGCCGGGCUCGUCGACCGGAGGACGGGAGCGCUGGUUGGCUUGCACUCGAGCUGGGACGACGAGACGGGAAUGAGGAGGGGCGUGCCGUGGGAGGCGGUCGAGGACUUUGUGGGCGAGUUUGAGAGAAAACAGCAGAUAGGAAAGGGAGUUCCAGAGGGGUGGAGGUGGUGUAUGAGGUAAAGGGAUGUUCUGGUUAGUGACAUAAUGUUGAGAUAUACACAUCUCUGGAGGGGAAGUUCGGUACAGCAGACGGGGAUGCUUAAUUGUAAUGAACCUCAAUGGGACGGCCCUCAAGUCAUAUAACGAAACAUUUAAUCAG